CAAUCUGAAACCUUUUGCUUAAAGCGUUUGUGCUCGGAACUUUCAUUACUCAUCCACCUCCCCAGGCCACAGCAACCAACGUGCAAAGCUGCGAGAAAAGGCAAGUGGUAAAGGGCGCUCCACGCAUGCGUUAGAAGCCGCCCCAACUCCUACGCGCGUUCUUUCUUUUAACAAAACUAGCGCCGAGCCACGGAGCUCCGCCGUUUGCGUAGACUCGAAUGUCCUAUUGCUCUGACUGUCCGAGGGGAAUCCGAAAAAUAGAAAUGAAGGUACAUAUGCACACAAAAUUUUGCCUCAUUUGUUUGCUGACAUUUAUUUUUCAUCAUUGCAACCACUGCCAUGAAGAACAUGACCAUGGUCCUGAAGAGCAUCACAGACACCAUCAUGGAAUGACAGAGUCGGAAUCAAGCAAAUUUUCAGUGCUGGAUGCUAAAAAUGAAAAAAAUUAUUACAUUGAAAAACUUUUUGACCGUUAUGGUGAAAAUGGAAGAUUAUCCUUUUUUGGUCUGGAGAAACUUUUAACAAACUUGGGCCUUGGAGAAAUAAAAGUAGUUGAAAUUAAUCAUGAGGAUCUUGGCCACGAUCAUGUUUCUCACUUAGAUAUUUUGGCAGUUCAAGAGGGAAAGCAUUUUCACUCACAUAACCACCAGCAUUCCCAUAAGCAUUUAAAUUCAGAAAAUCAAACUGUGACCAGUGUAUCAACAAAAAGAUACCAUAAGUGUGAUCCAGAGAAAGAGACAAUUGAAGUAUCUGUCAAAUCUGAUGAUAAACAUAUGCGUGAUCGUAAUCAUCGCUUAUGUCAUCACCAUUGUUUGCGUCAUCACCUCGAUCAUAACACUACUCGCCAUUUUUCUAAUGAUUCCAUUACUCACAAUGAGCGUGGGGAGCCUAGCCAUGAACCUUCAACAGAGACCAAUAAAACACAGGAACAAUCUGAAAGUAAGCCACCAAAAGGAAAGAGGAAGAGAAAAGGGAAGAAGAGUGAUGAAAAUCCUGGGGUUAUUACACCAGGUUUUCCCCCUAACCAUGAUCAGGGUGAACAAUAUGAGCAUAAUCGGGUCCAUAAACCUGAUCGUGUACAUAACCCAGGUCAUUCUCAUGUACAUCUUCCAGAACAUAAUAAUGGUCAUGAUCCUGGUCAUGGACACCAAGAUCCUGAUCCUGAUAAUGAAGGUGAACUUCGACAUACUAGAAAGCGAGAAGCACCACAUGUUAAAAAAAGUGCAAUUUAUUCAGCUGCUAGUCACAAAGAUCAUAAUGAAGAUGACCGUCAACAUGAGUGUUUGAACGUCACUCAGUUGUUAAAAUACUAUGGUCAUGGUGCCAACUCUCCCAUCUCAGCUGAUCUGUUUACAUACCUUUGCCCUGCAUUGUUAUAUCAAAUUGACAGCAGACUUUGUAUUGAGCAUUUUGACAAACUUUUAGUUGAAGAUUUAAAUAAGGAUAAAAAUAUGGUUCCUGAAGAUAAGGCAAAUAUAGGGGCAUCAGCAUGGAUUUGUGGUAUCAUUUCUGUCACUGUCAUUAGCCUGCUUUCCUUGCUAGGCGUGAUCUUGGUUCCCAUCAUUAACCAAGGAUGCUUCAAAUUUCUUCUCACAUUCCUUGUUGCUCUAGCUGUAGGAACAAUGAGUGGAGACGCCCUUCUUCAUCUACUGCCCCAUUCUCAGGGUGGACAUGAUCACAGUCAUCAACAUGCACACGGGCAUGGACAUUCUCAUGGACACGAAUCUAAGAAGUUUUUAGAAGAAUAUGAUGCUGUAUUGAAAGGACUUGUCGCUCUAGGAGGCAUUUACUUAUUAUUUAUCAUUGAACACUGCCUUAGAAUGUUUAAGCACUACAAACAGCAAAGAGGGAAACAGAAAUGGUUUAUGAAGCAGAGCACAGAAGAAUCAAAUAUUGGAAGGAAGCUUUCAGAUCACAAGUUAAAUAAUACACCAGACGCUGACUGGCUUCAGCUCAAGCCUCUUGCCGGAACUGAUGACUCGGUUGUUUCUGAAGAUCGACUUAAUGAAACUGAACUGACAGAUUUAGAAGGCCAACAAGAAUCCCCUCCUAAAAAUUAUCUUUGUGUAGAAGAGGAGAAAAUCAUGGACCAUUCUCACAGUGAUGGAUUCCAUACCAUUGAUGAGCAUGAUCUCCAUGCUGCUACACAUAACCACCAUGACGAGAAUAAAACUGUGCUGAGAAAACAUAAUCAUCAGUGGCACCACAAACAUUCUCAUCACUCACACGGUCCCUGUCAUUCUGGGUCAGAUCUGAAAGAAACAGGAAUAGCUAAUAUAGCUUGGAUGGUAAUCAUGGGGGAUGGCAUCCACAACUUCAGUGAUGGGUUAGCCAUUGGAGCAGCUUUCAGUGCUGGACUGACGGGAGGAAUCAGUACUUCCAUUGCUGUCUUCUGUCAUGAACUGCCACAUGAAUUAGGUGAUUUUGCAGUUCUUCUUAAAGCAGGCAUGACUGUGAAGCAGGCGAUCGUGUACAACCUCCUGUCCGCCAUGAUGGCCUACAUAGGCAUGCUCAUAGGCACAGCUGUUGGUCAGUACGCCAACAACAUCACCCUCUGGAUCUUCGCGGUCACUGCUGGCAUGUUCCUCUACGUAGCCCUGGUGGAUAUGCUUCCAGAGAUGCUGCAUGGGGAUGGCGACAACGAAGAGCACGGCUUCUGUCCAGUGGUGCAGUUCGUCCUUCAGAACCUAGGGUUGCUGUUUGGGUUUGCCAUCAUGCUGGUGAUCGCCCUGUAUGAAGACAAAAUUGUGUUUGACUUCCAGUUUUGACCAUUCCCAGUGAUCACUGUUGAUUCCGAGGCUGUGACCGUGCGGCCUCGCAUCUGCUCCUUGUCCUGUGUGCGCGUUGCUCAGAGAAAAGCCAGUGGCUGCACUGCUUACCGUCCCGUAGAGCUGGGCCUGCCCCGAGGCUGGUGCUCAGUGCUGUGGCUCCUGUGUGAGGGGUCUUUUACAAAAAUGUAGAGCUUAUGAUACAGGAAGGAGAAAAUGGGACUCCAUGAAACAAUGUUGGUAUAGGAUUGAUUAAGACUUUCAAAAAAUAAUCAUAUAAAACACUAAAGUAGUCUCUUUAUUAGUAGAAACUUCUGUGGCUAUGCAGAAAUAGAAGUUGAACCAAAAAAAUCACUUAAACUUUAAAGUAUUUUAAAUGGACUUUGGGCAGACUCUUCUUUGUGCUAAAAAUGACUUGUAGUGUCCUUUAACUCAGCUGCACACACGGUGUAGGGGUCGACCUGAUGACCGCGACGCAUCAAGUCGACUACGGGACCCGGAGGAAAAGCUCAGGCUGCCGUAGAACAUGGAUCGAGCUUUGGGAAAGCCCUUAUUCUUGAACUUAGAGUUACUAUUUUUGUAUAUAUUUGCAUAGUGUUUAAACUUGCAGCCUAAACUACUGAAAUUUGUGAUUGUAUGUUUGUGUGAGCUUCGGUUUAAUGGAAGAUUCAUAAUGGUUCUUUGUAUUAAUAUUAUACUUGGUGUUUGGGUUGUUUUUUAAUUUUUGUUUUGUUUUGGGGUUUUGGGUAGGGAUAGGAGGUUGGAGCAUGUGGUAAAAUGUUGUUUUUUUGUUAUUAAAAUUGUAACCCUCUAGAAAAUUUCAGAGAAGUGAAGAACCCAAAUAUGGUCUAAAUAUUCAAUUUUCCUACUUUAACAGUACUAACUAGUUAUUUGGGAAAUUUAAGUUCUAAAUGUACGUAUCACUUUACCAGUUUGGCAUUGGGACCAUGAUGCUAUGGCUGGCAGUAAAUCCGAAUGUACCAUGUCCGUAAUCUCUACGUGGAGUGUAGGAAAAACAACAGGUGUGAGGAUCCUCUCCAUUGGUACCGUGGCUAUCUGAGGACCAGGUGACUUGGAAGAUAUACUUAAAUAACUCCGCUGAAACCACUUGAUCAUUUUGUGCCAAGAUGUGCUGUUGGUGCCUGAUAGGGAUCAGCCUCCUUUUUUGGGUGCUCUGUUCUACAAUAAUUGUGAUUGAUUUGUGAGAGUGCAAGCCACGCUUAUUCAGAAUCCUGACCUAAUAAUUUACAGUACAGUCAGAUGCAUGUAGCUUUCUGUUCACACCUGUGCUGCGUGGCCUUCGCCUGUCCAGUCAGGCUGUGUUUAACUGCAGGCAGCUUUCUUUUAACCUGCUUGGCUACCGAUGUGGCUGCUUUAAAAAUCUUAUUGUUCAAAUAUUGCAGAGCCAAACUCUGUCCAUUCCAUUAUAGUGUUUUCAUUUAGUCCUCCUUUCCCUCAUUUCUUUCCUCUCCGUAACUUGAAACGGAAACCAAAAACCUUGAGAGCAGCACGUACAUCCAGGUAUUAGUGGGCACGCCAGUGUUUCUUCUUGAUGCUGUACGCAAUGGAGGGGAGCGUAGGGGUUAUUUUCUUAAUUUAUGCUGAAUUUGAAAAGUUAUUUCUGGCUUUCUCCAUGGUUUCCUGUAAGGAGCAGGAGUUUUAUACAUAGAUUAUUUUCAGCAUUGGGCGCUGAAUCGGGACAGUCCUCACUCAUCUCAUCGCUUGGCCCUUCGAGCAACCGAGCGCAAAGGUGCUGGUAUUUCAUUUAGUACUGCCAUGUCCCAGCGAUUCAGGUCUCUUGCUUUCUGAACCAGAUGCGUGUAUAGUUCAUUUUCGGGUUUUGUGCCCAAGGCGGAUUCUUCAUUCAGCGUUAUUAAAUCUGCGUAAUUUUUAAACUUUUGUGAAAAGCAACGGCUGGAAUAUACUCCCAGCCUUGAACACCUGAUUGAAAUAAAGCAGAUAGGUUAGGCUGAAGUACAUGAAGUUUUACAUUUUCUUGAAAAUGGUAUUAUCUUUAUUUGCUAUAUCUUUUUAACCUUUUAGGAGGGCUGUAACAAUUGCUGCUAGUAUUUUGUUAGGGUUCCACCAGUGUUUAGUUUUCACAUCAUUCUAAUGUAUAAUUUCAAGUCUUACUAGACAAUCCGAAUUCCACUACAUUUCUGUUUGGCUCCAACAUUCCAUUUAGCUUGACCAGUCUGCUUAACAUGUGUUUGUUGGAGGUCAUUGCUGUUACUUGUACGAUGCUGUCACUGUGUGACAUCAUAUGAAAUUUGGUGUAUAUCACAUUGCAUUCAAUCAGCUGUGAUUAUGCUUAGAAAUACUGUAGUAACUAGGUGCAGUGUGAAUUUUUUCCAUUAACAAGAAGUCCGUGGCUUAAAUGUGAUUAUGGUCCUGCAAGGUGAUACUUGCUAAAAUAUCUAAACUUUUUUUUUUUAUAACUGAAUCAUUUUUUUUAAAUUUAUAAA